GAAUUUUCUGAUGAUAGAGUUUAACAAGAUCCUGUUUUCUUUGCUUUUUAUCAUUUCCGUUACAUAGUGAGAUGUAAAAGAAGCCUGUAUUUGGUAAAGAAUUUCAAGUCCCACCUAUUCUAUAACGUACAGACAAAAAGGAUCGGACGUAAGCUGAAAUUGUUCAUAUAUACAAUCUGGAAGACAAACUGUGUGGAGCUAACUGAAGCCACAAAUAAUGGAUACGAAAAUGGAUGCUAUUUUCAGAGCCAUACCACUGAAUUGUUUUCCCUUGUUUGAAAAAUACUGCUGUCUAUCUAUUUGACAUUUACAAUCAUCGCUCCUGGAAUUUCAAAAACAUUUGAUCGUCAAACUUCUUUUACUUGUAAUGACAAGAUGAUUUCAAAAUUCCAAGAAACUUCUCUUAUAAAGAACAUUGAAUCAAGUUGUUUGAGACAAUACCAAAAUGAAACUUGGGAUAAUAUAUAUGUGGUGUCCUUCAAUUUCUUUUUUCUCUUUUUUUGGGGUAUGAUCUAUGGACAGUCUGUGAGCAAUCGACUUAAAAACUUUGAUAAGUUCUUGUCAGAAAGAAGCAGUGAAGUCAGAAAGGUUGCAUCUAGUUCUUCGGCGUUCUAUUAUUACAUCAUUUAUUUGACUGUACGCGUGAUCGGGUUGUCUAUAUUUGUUACAGUACUGUUUCCAUGCAUGUUUCCCAUUGAAUAUUCUUGUUCGUGGCGUCCAACAAAAAAAGAAAACUCUUCGUUCAACAGUAUAAUUCUUCCUUCAUAUAACAAAACUUUCCUUAAUUGUGAAAUUCGCGAUGGUAACAGUGAAUGGUGGAUUAAAUUUGUUGUAGCUGUUGAUGUUUUAUCGAUAAUAAUGACGAUAUGUCAACUAGUACACCUAUUAAAUAAGGCCAGUAAUGACAAUUUUUUCACAUCAGAUAAGGAGUUUUUCACGGUAUACAUACUCCAAAAACGUGCAGAAUUUCGAAAAUGGAUAAAAGAAAUAAAAAAUAAACUUCACUUGAACAAAUUAUUUAAUAUCCACGAUAACGUAGGCAAUGCACAAAUGUCUCAGCAAAAUCUUGAAGAUAUUUAUGUCAACGUCAUAAUGCAAGCAGAAAGACAAUUAAGUAAAGCUUACCCAGAAACGCAUGAAAGACACGAGAUCCUUCAUUGUCAUUUCAAACUUAAUGAAAGUGCGAAAAAACUCACAAGAGCAACUGACAUUUUUAAGUCAAUUCCAAAUAGCAAGUCGUAUCCUAGCUCCAUUUUAGUCAUUGGAAGGCCAGGAAUUGGUAAAACUAUGUUGACGAAAAAACUUAUUCAUGAAUGGAAGACAAAUGAAGACGACUUUUGGCGCGAUAAGCUGGUCAUUUUAUUGCAAUGUCGUGCGAUUAAAGAGAAGUACAUUACUUUUGAAAAAUGUUAAAGAGUUGCGUUGGAUUUUCAUUUGAACAGUUUUCAGAUAUUUACGAAUUUAUAAUGUUAAAUCCUGAAAGAACUGUUCUUAUCGUCGACGGUCUUGAUGAAUUGCCUUUAGAUAAUGGAGAUCUUCGAACUGACGACUCAGGGUCCCCUAAUGAAAAAAGGCACGUCAUUACACACUUAAGUAUGCUAGUUGAAGGUAAACUAUUGCCUGAUGUUACUGUUCUUAUUACAUCACGACCCACAGCUGAACAUAAAUUUCGAGAUAUGGAAUUCGCGAGGACAGUUGAAAUCUUGGGCUUUUUUGAGGAUGAGAUAAAAGAAUUCGUGGAAAAGUUUUGUCAUGAAGAUAGGAAUAUCGCUGACCGUAUUCUAAAUAAGAUUGAAAUUUCUCUUGAACUUCGCAGCUUUUGUUACAUCCCUAUUAACACUAAAAUUGUUUGUAUGACCUUAAAAGAAUGUUUUGCAGAUGAUGAAAACUAUAGUCCAAAGACUAUGACUGAAUUGUACGAUAGAGCAAUUAAAGUUUUACUAUGGCAAAGCCAUCCCUUCUCAGGGGCAAGACUACAGAAAAGGAUUACUUGAGAAUUCCUUUACCAUCCGAGCUUGAUAAAGAUCUACAA